UUGUCCUCUUGGGUCCCCGCGCGCCCCCUGCCUGGGACUCGAGAGCCCCUGGGGGACGCAGACGCGGGUUUAAACCCAGGACCUCUCCAGCUGUGGAACUCCGGGCACCUCACCUCGCCGCACCUGCCUCAGUUUCCCCUUUGGGCACUGGGCACCGAGUCCCCGCGGCGCGCCCAGCCAGCGGCGCAGCGGGUUGGAAUCCACGAGGUUGUUUACAUCCUGAGGACAGCGCCCCCCUCCACCCCCGCUCCCCACUUCCUGCCCAGCUUCAAACUCGCGGGGCCGCGCGUCUGUGUAAACACGUUCGCCCGCGGAGGCGGCGGCUGGUUUGUUUCGGCGCCGGGACCAGGAGGGGAUGCUGUCUGCUCCCCGAAGACGGGCCGGCCGGCGGGGACAGCGGCUGUGCCCACCGCAGGCUCCGGGACCAGGUGUGUGAGGAGCAGCGCUGCGAGGAGGAAGUCUUCCCGCUGGCCAUGAACUACCUGGAUCGCUACCUGUCCUGCGUCCCCACCCGAAAGGCGCAGUUGCAGCUGCUGGGCGCGGUCUGCAUGCUGCUGGCCUCCAAGCUGCGCGAGACCACGCCCCUGACCAUCGAAAAGCUCUGCAUCUACACGGACCACGCCGUGUCUCCCCGCCAGAUGCGGGAGUGGGAGGUGCUGGUCCUGGGGAAGCUCAAGUGGGACCUGGCGGCUGUAAUCGCGCAUGAUUUCCUGGCCCUGAUUCUGCACCGGCUCUCUCUGCCCAGUGACCGACAGGCCUUGGUCAAAAAGCACGCCCAGACCUUUUUGGCCCUCUGUGCCACAGAUUACACCUUUGCCAUGUACCCGCCAUCCAUGAUUGCGACAGGCAGCAUCGGGGCUGCGGUGCAAGGCCUGGGCGCCUGCUCCACAUCCGGCGAUGAGCUCACGGAGCUGCUGGCGGGCAUCACAGGCACCGAGGUGGACUGCCUACGGGCCUGCCAGGAGCAGAUCGAAGCUGCGCUCAGGGAGAGCCUGCAGGAGGCCUCCCAGACUGCCCCCAGCCCAGCGCCCAAAGCCCCCCGGGGCUCCAGCAGCCAGGGGCCCAGCCAGACCAGCACGCCCACAGAUGUCACUGCCAUCCAGCUGUAGCCCCGGACAGGCCCCCAGCGGCCGCCACGCAGAGGAAGGGCUGCCGCCACCCCUCCCUAACUCUGGAACAAUCCUUGCCACAUCUGAAGACCGAGGGACCAGGUCUUGCCUUCCCUGCCUGCCGUAUGGGGCCCCCAGCCAAGCAGGCAUCCGGGCGUCUGGCUGCUCUUCCUGCGUCUGACCACCUCUGCUCCUUCCUGGCUCUGGCCAGGGCUGGGCCACGCUGGUCAGAUGGGAUGGGAACGGGGGACUCCCUGCACCAGCAUCUUUUAGAAGCCACAUCCUUGGUGCUCUCAUUCUUAACUAAAAUGCUUUGGUGCCUUCUAAGGUGUCCCCCUCCUGGGGUUACUGUUCGGAUGGGUGCCAGGGUACCCUGCUGCUCCUAGAGGGAAGGCUAGCCUGGGCCAGAGUUCUUGCUUUGCUUUCUGCUCAGCUUCUCCUGUGCUUGGGGUCUGGUGCUGAAGUGGCUGUUUUAAUUUAUUACUGCUCCGAGUACAACUGUAAGGGGUGCAGUGGGCAUGCCUGCCCCACAGGCGCCGGAGCCCUGGCGGUUGCUGCUGCUUCUCUCCCCCACUGCUGCCGGCUACAGAAGCUUUGUGGCCCAGGAGCUGCUACAGCCUGGGGCAGGGUCGAGCCCUCCUCUCCCUCAGCCCUGUCCCUUCCUCCAGCAGGAAGUAUGGGCAGGGACUCUGGAGGUGGCCAGGCCCCCACUGGAGAGGGAGGCAAGCUCUGCAGACACAGGCCUUUCCUAACCAAUGCCACAAGGUUCAGGCUGGUGGCCUGGGACAACUAUGCUGCCUUAAUAAAUAUUCUGGAAGAAAAUCGCCUUUGGCUUCUGGGAUUUCACGGUGCUGUGAAUAAAGCCUA